CCACACCACUUUGUAUUCCUUAUGCAGUAAGAACCUCUGUAUCUGCUUCAGUGAAAAGGUCCAGUUCCUGACCAGACUUUCUGCAUUCAUUCAGUAAUGCUAUAUGGUUGUUUGGCAAGACAAGUAUUAAACAGAGACCGACUGGGAUCCAGCCCAGGAUACAGGGAGAAGUCACCAGAUAUUCACCAUGGAGAGAAUGUCCUUGAAGGAGAGGAUGGGGGCGCAGCUGAUGAAGGAGCUGAACCUGAACCCUAAAAAAACAAAAAACACAAAAAAAGCAGUCAAGGGGUUCACUGACUUUAUACAGAACAUGGAGACAGAGGAGACCAACAGUUACAAUAACGAAGAAAUGUUGCUGGAGCUAGAGAAGGAGUACAUUGAAGCAGCAAAGAUAAAUGAUGUACAGACCAUGAAGAUUCUGGGAAGGGCAGUCAAGGUUGACGCAAAGAACUUGCAUGAUCGCACUGCCCUGCACUAUGCAGUUGCUGGAAAAAACAUAGAGGCCGUCCAAGUCCUUCUCCAGCGCAGAGCAAAUAUCAAUCAAGAGGACAAGCAUGGAGUGACAGCCAUCCACCUGGCUGCCUGGUUUGGGAGUCUGCCCAUCCUGAAGUUGCUUGUGCAGGGUGGUGCUGAUCAGAAGGUUGAGAAUGCGCUGGGAAUGAACAUCAUGCACUGUGCUGCCAUCAACAACCACACUGACAUAAUGACAUUCAUCAUCUACGACCUGAUGAUGAAAGAGCUGGACAAAGAGGACCUGUCUGGACACAGAGCGUUUGCUUUGGCAGCAGAGCAUGGCUCUGUGGAGAUGCUGCAGAUGUUGAUGGAAGAGACGUACAAUAUGGCCACCAUGGAGGAAGACCAGAAUGGGAACACACCUCUGCAUUUGGCUGCCAGCAAUGGCCACUUGGAUGUCGUCCAGCUACUGCUGAAGAGCUUUGAAACUCGCAAUGAAGUCAAUACGGCUGGGGAGACGGCUCUAUACCUUGCUGCUGCCGCUGCCAAUGAGGACUGCGUCCAGGCUCUGUUGGAGGCAGGCUGUGACCCAAACAUUGUCACCAUGGACCAAAGCAGUGCUCUACACCCUGUCUCUGAGAAAGGCCACACAUCGUUGGUGAGACUCCUCAUAGAGAACUCGGCCCAGGUGGACUUACAAAACCAGCACCUCCAGGCUCCUCUCUACCUGGCAGUGAAGAACUGUCACAUCCCUGUCAUCCACACACUGCUCGAGGCUGGCUGCAACAUCAACGUCACUGAUCACAGGUCCCAGACUGUCCUGCAUGUAGCUGCAGAGCUGGCCAGAGUGGACACUGUUGAGAUGCUUCUGAAAGCUGGGAUGGACCUAGUCCUCCAAGACAAGCAGGGUAAGACAGCACUGGGUGUGGCAGCCCGAGCAGACGAGGUCAUCAUCGUGGACAUGAUCAUCAAGGCAGAGAGAUAUUUGACAUGGAGGAUGGCCAACACUGAGCUUAAUGAGAACCUUCACAGCCAGACUCCGCUGACGUUUAAAUUAGACCACCGCACGGAGAGCAAACAGACCCGCGGCAGCGCCUGGCACCUGGCCUACCGCCUGCUGAAGCCAGGCGACUGGAAGAGGCUGGCGCUGCACUGGAAUUUCACUGAGCAGCAGGUGGCUGCCAUUGAGGAGCAGUGGACAGGGCAGCAGAGCUACCAGGAACAUGGGAACAGGAUGCUGUUGAUCUGGCUUCAUGGGGUAGAGCUGGCCCAAAGGAGUCCUGCUAAAGAGCUGUACCAGGGCCUGCUUGCCAUAGGCAACAAGACCAUAGCAGAUAAAAUACGAAUGGACAGAGAGGAAGGAGACAUGAAGAAAUGCAUCCUUUCAUAAAGGUGGAAAAAAAUGACAUGGGCAUACGUUGAGUCAACAAGAUUAUUUUUUCAAUGGAUAUUUAUGUAUAUAUUUAGUGAAUGGUUUAUUAUUCUAUGAGCCCAUUUUCUUCCAAUUCAUGUUUUAUUCAUGUUCCAUCAUUCCAGCAAUUUACAUUAAGGGUUUACGGUGCAGAAUGUGGCUAAAACAUAAACAUAUGGCUUUGAUAUAAUCCUGAAAAUUUGAACACAGGUGUUGUUCUCCACACAUCAACAAUUUUAGGUUAAACCUGGGAUGCAAACUAGUCACCUUAGGCAGAAUUCGCCGUUUUGAAUCCAAAAUGUGAUUCGUGUAGAUCCGAUGAGAAAAGUUUGGAKGGGAGGGGCUUUGGAUCACUACUAGCUUUAAGUGAACGAGUGAUGCGCGUUAGGAGCAAUACUGGCUGUAUCCAAGGCAAUCGUUCACAUAACGACAGAAUGCAGCACGCGACUGAAGAGAUAAGAGACAACCAACUUGCUAGUUACAGCAUCAGCGCGUGCUCUGGAAAUACAGCGGGAAAGAGGUAGCUGAGAGGCCUGACCACCGAGACGGGGUCGAGGAGAUGAAGCUUACUUCAUGAGCUGUAACCGAAAAACAGCUGCCAUUUGGAAAGUGUGGAACAAGUAUUGUUACGUAUCUUGCUAGCUGAAUCGAAUUAUCAUUUAGCAAGCCAGAGAAAUGUUGAGCAACAUUAGCCAAUUUAAACUCAAUUAUUUGAUCAGUUAUGGUGCGAAAAUUA